GGAGGCGGUGUUGUGUUUCUCCUCUUCUCUCCGGAUCUGCGCUCAUUGUUCCGCGUCUGGAGUGUCCGACCGACCGCGCGCCGCUCUGUGAGUCCUGCCCGAGAUGGACGCGUGCCGCCCGGCGGAGAAGCGCAGCCGCAAACCCGCUCACCCGCUGCGGAGAAACAUCAGCGAGGACAUGAAGAACUUUGCUGAAAACACCAUGAAUGAGCUGUUAGGUUGGUACGGCUAUGAUAAAGUGGACCUGCAGGACUCAGAGGCUGCAGACGCACGAAACCGAGUCAAACGCAACCAUAUAUCUGUUCUUAAAGAGAACUCUGUGCCAAAGCCGCUCAGUGUGGAGAAGAAGGUCCCUCCAUCAUCAUCAUCAUCAUCAUCAUCAUCGUCUUCAUCAGAGCCGGUCAGGAAUGGAGAUCAGGAUCCUCCGACUGUUCCUGUGUCUCCGUCUGCAUCUUCAGCUUCACCACGACACAACAUGAACGUCAUCGUGCCGCUCAUCAAACCCUCUGCAGUGGAGGACGUCCAGAAUGUGCAGAUCGUGUGUGUGUGGUGUCAGAAGGAGGGAAUGAAGCGUUACUCUCUGCUCAUGGGCUCCGAACUCAAGAGUUUCUGCAGUGAGAAGUGUUUUGCUGCCUGUCGACGCGCAUACUUCAAACGCAACAAGGCUCUUGAUGAAGAUCGCCAUGGUGACCAGUCUCCGCCCCCUGGCCAAACUCUGGACACGCCCACAAGACUAAUGCUGAAGAUGAACAGCAACAACAACAGCAACAGCACACGUGUGUGUGACUGGUGUAAACACAUACGCCACACUAAAGAAUACCUGGACUUCGGCUCGGGUGAGGAGCGACUGCAGUUUUGCAGCACCAAAUGUCUGAACCAGUACAAGAUGGAUGUGUUUUACCGGGAGGCUCGCGCUGCGCUCACCAGCUCCAAAGAGGAGGAGAACCACCCAAAACCAGCAGCCACUAGCGAAAACCAGACACUGCUCACUCCGGACGCCUGGGAGUCUCCAGCGAAAAGCCUCUCGCCCCAAACCCCAACAGCAUCUGCAUCGCAGAGACCGCCUGUUUGCAUGCGUGUUCAGACGGCCACAUCGCCCAAAUCCCCCGCUGGCCCGUCUCAGGGUACACCCGAGCAGCCACGCCCACCUCACAUGCCCCGCCCCUUUAUACGUCCACCCCUGCACGCCCAGAGCCUGCGAAGCCCCGCCCCUAAUCUCCCUCAUAACCCACCUCACCCUCUUAGCCCCACCCAAAGGGUGCCAUUUGCCCCACACCCUCACUACCCUGCCCCAUACCUCCCCCUCCACCCAACAUUUCCACCUCAAAUGCCUCCGCCAUGGCCCCAGCCCAUGAUGAUGAUGCCCUACCCUGUGUUUGUACCCAUCCCUAUCCCAAUCCCCAUCCCCAUCCCGAUUUCCCCUCAGAACAGCCACCGAGGGGUCAUCCGAAGCCUUCAGGAGCCGGAGAAAGAGUCUGCUGUGGGUCAGAGAGUAAAGACGGAGCGUUGUGUUUCUCCGGUGUCCGCAUCUGAGCGGCAGGUCAUUCAAUGUCUGCGCAGAGACUCUGUGAAAGAGGAAAGAAAUGACACACACAUUCAGACUCUACGCAAAGCACUUUACACCUCUGUCCUCACAUCCACAGCCUCCGCCUCAUUGGACGGCAGAAUUGUUAGUCCCGCCUCUUUGUACUCAUUGGCUCGCUCCACUGCCAUUCAGGCUGCCUCGUUUUCAUUGGACAGCAGCUCCGGCCAGAUCCCUUCUCCUCUGUCUGACUGUGAGGAUGUGAAGGAGAAUAGCUAUUUAUGUGGGCGGGGCAAUGACUCAGCCAAUCAGUGGACGACUGAGCAAAUGGACUGUCAAAGCGACCAAUCAAAAGAGAGCAAGGGGGAGGAGGAAGCGCCUCAGGAUGUGGAGCACACAUACGCACGGUCGGUGCCGCCAAAACUACGAGAGAAACACACACACGUGAACACUCAAACACAUUUACACACGCAAAUCUGGGAGAAAAACACACAGGUGGAUGAGCUGCGACUCGAGCAGAGCGUACGGGACGAUCCGGAGCCGUCUGUGAAGAGGCGAUGCUUGAGGAUCAGAGACCAGAACAAAUGAGCGCAGGUGAAGCGAGGACACGUUUAUCCUCUGGGUGUGUGUUCAGCCGUCCAGCAGAGCAGAUCCUCUCCGUGUGUUCAGCCGUCCAGCGCAGCUCCUGUGUGUCUGCAGGAGUGUGUGUGUGUGUGUGUGCUGCUUCUGCUCACAUCACUCAAAGACACGCAUUGUUCCUCACUGCAGAUGAGUGUGUGUAUGUAAGAGAGAGAGUUUGUGUAUGCGUGUGUGAGAGAGCAAGAGUGCGUGUGUGUUUGUGUGAGAGUGAGAGCCUGUAUCUGUGUGUGCAUGUUUAUGUGAGAGUGUUUAAGAGACGGAGAGAGGGAGUGUGUGUGUUUGUAAGCGAUAGAGAGAGAGCGUGUGUGUGUGUGCGCGUGUUCAGCUGUGGUGUAGGGUUACCUGACACACACCGGCUCUGCAGGGCAUUUUUAGACUCGGCCUAAACAGUCCAAGAGCACAAACACAGUAAUUCAGCUCACAGAGAACAUUCUCUCAACGUUUGAGCAACCUUUAAUAUCCAGCACCAUCAGCAGAGCGUGUUCAGGUAUCCUACUUUAUUAACAUUCACUAAAACUUUCAUUGUACAUCACUAUAAAUCUAAUAGACAUAAUUAUAAAAUGGAAACUGAAGCAGAUCACGUCAGGCCAAGAGCAAGCAGAAACACACACACACACACACACACUUCGCUGAGGGCAACAUUUGAGGUGUUACCCCAUAAGUGGAAUGCAUCCUAUUUAUUUUCCAAAAUCAUGACGGCAUCUGUGCGCAUGUUGUUAAUGUUUUAGUCAUGUUUUAAUUCAUUCAUUCAUUCAUUUACCUUUAUUAAUCUAGGGUUGCCACAGCGGAAUGAACCCCCGACUUAUCCAGCACAUGUUUUACGCAGUGGAUGCUCUUCACAUUCACACACACACUCAUACACUACGGACAAUUUAGCUUACCCAAUUCCCUGAUACCACAUGUUUUUGGACAACCGGAGCACCCGGAGGAAACCCACACCAACACGGGAAGAACAUGCAAACUCCAUACAGAAACGCCAACUGACCCAGCUGGGGCUUGAACCAGCAACCUUCUUUCUUUGAGGCGAUUGUGCUGCCCACCGUGCUGCCUUCACAUUAUAAUAUUUAAUUUAAAUAUACUUUUCGUUUAUUAAUUGCUUAACAAGCACAAUAGCAUACAGAAUUAGAGGAAUACAGUACUUUUCAAUAUCCAGUAGACCAAACUAGCCUCUGGUGGGGUAUGCAGGGUUUCCCAUAAGCCCCGCCUCCUAUAGUGAUCUUUCCUUCGCUUUUUGGUGCCACGCCCACAUCUCAACAGCCAAUCAACAAUUUCCUUUGUGCGUUUCAUCGUGAUAUACAAUAAUGGCUUCAAUUUUAUUUAUUUUUGAAACCCAAUUAUUGCACACAGUGUCAACUAUCAUAUAGAUGAUGUAAUGUAAAGUGUUUUAUAAACGCAGCACGCAUAUUCGUAUGCUUUUACAAGCUAUUACAAUACCAUUAUCAUCCUUUUAGAGAUCAUUAAUGUCAUGUAGAGUUUAGUUUGUGCCAUUUAAAGCCGCCGGAUGUUUGAGUUGAUGUUUCUGAGGGGAUUAUUAUUAUUGCAGUCAGAUAAUGUGACCUGCAGAAAUCCCUUCACUCCAGAUGUUUCCUCAAGACAUUUAAUACAGCAAACCUCUAAUACAGUAAAGUCCUGUUGCCAUAAACAAUAUGAAAACACUGAUGAAAUGAAAAACGUGUGUGUGCGCGUGCGUGUCAGUAUUAAAUGUGACCAAAGCCAUCAUGUGUGUUUUAGCGGACACUUCCAUUACCGUCCACCAGAGGGAGACAAUAUUAUAGCGGACACUGAUGUAUUAUUAUGAUUUUUUUUAAUGAUGUCAGUCCCUUUAAAUGCACAAUAUUACACACCAGUGACACCUGAUGCAUUUCACAGAAGGCCAAACAAUAUCAGAGAAAAAAAAAGCCUUGCUCUUUUACGUUUCUUGCCGUUUUUUAAAGGUUGAUUAUGAUUCAUAUUUGUAUGUUUUUAUUGCAUCCAUUAUGAUUUUAAUGCCUUAUGAUGCCCAUCAUGAACGUGUAAACUAGCUGUACAUUAAUUUAAAUGUGACAAAUGAUAAAUACUUUUAUUAUCACGUUAUGACAAUGACCUGUCAGUGACUGUUUUAUGUAAUUUUAUGAACAGAGAAUUAUGUCAGUGACUAGAUUUGUUGAUAAUAAAACCCUAAA